CCUGUGCUAUCAAUUAAGCUACUUGGCUCUUGUAUUUCCUUCUUCAUUCUUGAUUCUAUAUAUUGCUAAUUACAAAAACAAAAAUGAAGGCCGGGGAGCACGACAUUUCCAUCCCCUUUCUUUAUGUUACCGCAUUGUGGAUAGGAAUAGCCUCAGGGCUCUGCAAUGCACGUGGGUUAAAGGUGAACUUCUACCACAACAGUUGCCCUCAAGCUGAGAAGAUUGUCAAGGACAUCACGGAGAGCAGAGUUCGAUCCAACCCUGUUUUGCCUGCCAAAUUGAUUAGAAUGCACUACCAUGAUUGCUUCGUUAGGGGUUGCGACGCAUCCAUACUAUUGGAUACAGUUAAUGACACAAAGUCUGAGAAAGAAACCGUACCGAACCAAACCCUUUCGGGCUAUGAAGUGAUUGAUGAUAUCAAGGCUAAGAUUGAGCAGGUUUGCCCCGGAGUUGUGUCAUGUGCUGAUAUUCUUGCCCUUGCUGCUCGUGAUUCUGUUUCCUUUGCGUUCAAUAGGCCCUUGUGGGAGGUGCCAACAGGAAGAAGGGAUGGCAGAAUCUCCUUAGCAUCCGAAGUGCUUGAUAAUCUCCCAUCCCCAUUCUCAACGUUCGACUCUCUUUUGCAAAUGUUCAGUAACAAAGGUCUCGAUCUUAAAGACCUCGUACUUCUAUCAGGUGCACAUACUCUUGGUGUUGGACACUGCAGUGCUUUCUCAAGAAGGCUCUACAACUUUACAGGAAAUGGUGAUCAGGAUCCUUCCCUGGACCCAGCCUACGCCGAGUUCCUGAAAAAGCAGUGCCCCAAUCCAGCCAACCCUGCCACCACCGUGGAAAUGGACCCUCAGAGCCCACUCUCCUUCGACAAGCAUUACUACCAAACUGUGCUAGAAAACAAGGGCUUAUUCCAAUCAGAUGCUGCACUCCUCACCAACAGAGAUUCAGCAAAGAUUGUGAGACGACUCCAAAUCUCCCAUUCCUUCAUAGCUUACUUUGGAAAUUCCAUGAAGAAGAUGGGAGCCAUGGGAAUUCUCACAGGAGAUGCUGGAGAAAUCAGGAAACAGUGCCGUUUCAUUAAUCCAUGAAACAUCAAAUAUACAAGAUAUAUAUGU